UUCAACCAUGGCGGAUAAAGCAAAGGACUCGAAAAAUGCGUCUGGGGAAAAGAAAGAUAAUAAAAAAUCCGAAGAAGAUGGCAAGGGACCAGUUGAAUUGUCAGAAGAAGAUCAACAUCUUAAAGAUGAACUUGAUAUGCUGGUUGCCAGACUACAGGAGCCUGAUGAAAAGCUAUACCGAGCAGCAUUAGAGAGCAUUAGAACUCAGAUUCGAGCCUCGACCACGUCUAUGACAUCUGUGCCUAAACCACUCAAGUUUCUGCGAAUGCACUAUGACACUCUUAAAGAGAUUUACGAGAAGAUCAAAGAGACUGAAACGAAGAAAUUUUGUGCCGAUAUUUUAUCUGUGUUGGCUAUGACAGCGACUGAAAGCAGGGACAGUCUGAGGUACCAGCUACUUGGUUCGAAAGAAGAAAUUGGUUCAUGGGGUCAUGAAUACGUGAGACAUCUAGCAGGCCAUGUGGCCCAAGAAUGGCAGGAGACUGAGAGCACGGACCUGGACAUGCGUGGGAAGCUGAUCACCCUGGCGACGGCGAUUGUACCGUACCACAUGGCCCACAACGCGGAGGCCGAGGCCUGCGAUCUGUUGAUGGAGCUCGAACGACUCGACCUGCUGCAGGACUAUGUCGACAACAACGUCUACCAGCGGGUCUGCCUCUAUCUCACCAGCUGUGUUCCGUAUGUGCCAGACCCAGAAAACACAAAACUUCUGAAAACGGCUGUUGACUUGUACAGAAAGUAUGAUCAGUAUCCCCAAGCUCUGCGCUUCGCCAUGCAGCUGAAUGAUUCCAAACUGGUUGAUGACAUCUUUUCUUCUUGCAAGGAUCUGGUGGUUCAGAAACAGCUGGCCUACAUGUUAGGACGACAGCAGAUAUUUAUGGAUCUCAGCGAUGAAAUGGAAGAAUAUGAUGAACUGACAGAAAUAAUGUCCAAUGCACACCUUAACAACAAUUUUCUGGCUUUGGCAAGAGAACUUGAUAUUAUGGAACCAAAGGUUCCGGAAGAUAUCUACAAAAGUCACCUAGAGCCAAAUAGGUCAACAAUUGGUCCAUCUAAUGUGGAUUCAGCCCGUCAAAACCUGGCAGCAUCAUUUGUAAAUGGUUUUGUGAACGCUGCGUUCGGGCAAGACAAACUUCUCAUGGACGAUGGAAACAAAUGGCUUUACAAAAACAAAGAACAUGGGAUGUUGAGUGCCACAGCUUCACUAGGUUUAAUUCUUCUCUGGGACGUGGAUGGCGGCCUCACUCAGAUUGACAAGUAUUUGUAUUCAUCAGAAGAUUACAUCAAGGCAGGAGCUUUAUUGGCGUGUGGUAUUGUGAACUCUGGUGUGAGGAACGAGUGUGACCCAGCUCUCGCCCUGCUGUCGGACUAUGUGAUGCAUCAAACCAGCAUCAUGCGGAUUGGUGCCAUCGUUGGGUUGGGACUGGCGUACGCGGGAUCGAACCGUGAUGAUGUUCUCAGUCUUAUUCUGCCCGUGAUGGGAGAUUCCAAGUCAACUAUGGAGGUUAUUGGGAUGGCAGCUUUGUCCUGUGGUAUGAUUUGUGUGGGAACGUGUAACGGUGAAGUGACGUCUACCAUCCUGCAGACCAUGAUGGAGAGAUCAGAAGCGGAACUCAAGGACUCGUAUGCUAGAUACCUGGCUCUGGGACUUGCACUCGCAUUUCUCGGUAAACAGGAUGCUGUUGAUGCGACGUUGAUGGCGCUGGAGGUGAUAGGAGAACCUCUCAAGUCGAUGGCGUCCAUGCUGGUGGACGUCUGCGCUUAUGCAGGGACAGGGAAUGUUUUAAAGAUUCAGCAUCUCCUCCAUGUCUGUUCUGAACACGAUGACUCCAAAGACCAGGACAAUAAUGAAAAGAAGGAAGACAAGAACAAAAAGAAGGAUGAAAAGAAGGAUGACAAGGAAAAGGAACCUGCAGGACCCGAUUUGUCAAUACAGCAAGGAAUUGCUGUUUUGGGAAUAGCACUGAUCGCAAUGGGAGAGGAAAUUGGUGGCGAGAUGACGUACCGUACAAUGGGACAUUUGUUGCGAUACGGAGAGCCUGGUAUCAAGAGAGCCGUACCACUGGCUUUAGGCCUGAUAUCGGUUUCCAACCCCAAACUGCAGAUUCUCGACACACUUAGCAAGUUCUCUCACGACAGUGAUCCAGAGGUGGCACACAAUGCAAUCCUUUCCAUGGGCAUUGUUGGUGCUGGAACAAACAAUGCUCGACAGGCAGCAAUGUUGCGACAGCUGGCAGUGUACCACGCGAAGGAUCCAAACAAUUUGUUUAUGGUGAGGUUAGCUCAGGGUUUGACCCACCUGGGCAAGGGGACGCUGACCCUGUGUCCCUACCACAGUGACCGCACGCUGAUGAGUGGCGUGGCUGUAGCUGGCCUGAUGGCCGUUCUCGUGUCAUGUCUAGAUGUUAAAAAUAUAAUUCUUGGGAAAUCUCAUUAUGUCCUGUACUACUUGGUAUCGGCGAUGCAGCCCAGGAUGUUAGUAACAUUCGACGAAGAACUUCGACCUCUCCCAGUAUCAGUUCGAGUUGGCCAGGCUGUAGAUGUUGUGGGUCAGGCAGGUAAACCGAAGACCAUUACUGGAUUCCAGACUCACACAACCCCAGUUCUUCUUGCAUAUGGAGAACGAGCAGAACUGGCAACCGAUGAAUAUUUGACUCUGACGCCAAUUAUGGAAGGCUUUGUUAUUUUACGGAAGAAUCCCGACUAUGAAGCAUGAACUAGCUGAUGUUCUAGGAUGUUUGAAAGUAUUCCGAUGAAUGAGACGAGAAAUGAAACAGAUAACCAUCUUAAGAAUGUUCAUGUCAUUUUCCAUUUCAACCUGCCAUCAAGAUGCUCGACUUAAGUGAAUACCACGAGGGCCCAUGCUUAUAAAACCUUUAGAGUCCAUACUCAGUCUUUAUUGACGCCACAUGCAUACAGUUUGUAUGGCGUUGUCAUGACAUUAAAGUCUCAGACUGUUAUUAGUCUUGAGUCUAGUCUAUAACAGUUUUAUAAGCAUUAGACCAGUUCAGUUUUGUGAAAAAAUUAUUCAACUACAACAGAAGUUAUCCUAGACGAAAUAAAUUUACUAGUUAAAAGCCACAAUUAUAUAUGUUUUUAGAAUAAUUUACAAUUCAUCCCCACCCCAACCCUGAAUUAACCAUUUCUGUAUAUUUAUGUUUUAUCAUUUUAUUAUUCUAAAACAAAAAUCAACCACACUAGACCCGUUUUGUUUAUUUUUAUCAUAACUAUAUAAAAUACACGUACCUCUUACUAAUAUUAUUCUGCUUUUUUUUCUUGUAAGUAAAGCAUGUAAAAUAAAUUGUGGUUGGCAGAGUGAAGUCCUGAUUAUCGAAAAAGUUCUUUAAAUUUGCACUUAAAACACUUUCUUUUCAAUGUUAUAAAAAGCCCACACUUUCGCCCAUUUUUUUCUAUUGGUAUGUUUCCAGAUGUCAUUUGUUUUUAGUGCGGGAAUGUUGAGAAGUUGAGUAAUCUUACAAAACCUGGCGGCUGGUAUUCUUGUCGUGUUAUUUAGCUCGUGUUAUUUAGCAGAUCAGUAUCACCACAUGUGGACUACAUUCAUUUGAAGAAAAGAAAGCCAAGCUGUUUGUGACAUUUGAACUGUUUUUGCAGUUUGAUAAAUAUAUUGUGACAACAUA